GAGGUAUUUGAAUCAUAUCUGGAAGCGUAUAACGCAUCGUUUCCCACUUGAAAAUCUCCGGAUCUCAGUCCACGCCAUUGUUUCUUUCCUUGCGUCGGCACUACUUUUGUCGCAGCUGGUCCGUCUACGGGUGGAAAGAGCGGGCGUAAAACUGAGGGUCGCUGGCUAUCUAUUGAGUGUUUGCUUUGUAUGGACCUGGUGCGACUCGACGGUUACGGACGACUGGCUACCUAACUCCGCCAGACUCUGGUCGUGUAUUUGGUGAUGUACUGCUGACCAUCACUGUUAUUCCUGCUACGGCCCGCCUCAAUGAGGCCGUUUGUGGAGAGUCCCUUGCUACCCCAGAAAAAGGUGUAUUAUUAAUGCUGCAGUUUUAGCUCGUAGGCUGCACAGCCGAACGGUUUUUUUCGUCAAGACUAGUUCUUGAACGAAGAGAACGCGUCGGUGGUGCCUGCCAUAUAAAAAGAGGGGAAUCUAUCCCCUUCGGUGCCCCAGAUAAAGGCUAACGAACGUCGAAACAGUGCAAGCUACCCCGUUACUGAUUGUGCCUCGAAGUGAGUGGGAAACUGAGUGUUCGGAUAACGGUCGAAUUUUGGUUAGGGCAUUUCAUCUCAGCCGGCAGCUGUCGUGUUUGCAAAUCCGUCGAGUUAGACGGUGAAAGUUCUCGGACCGUGGAUGAUUAUCUGUUUAUGUAUAACGCUGCAGAUUAUGUGAGAAUAGGUGUGGGAGUGAAUUCGUGUGGGAAAGGUAUCACUGAAAUGCGUCUGUAAAGCAAAUCGUUCGAAGGCGAUAUAAGGCGUAAGGAGCAGGUCGACGCGGACAAUACUAACCGGAUCGAACGAUGGUUUCAUUACCUUCGUACGCGACGCUGUUGGGUGUGGCUGCCUUAGCAAUAGUCGGUUGUCGUGCUACCAAUCUCGUGUCAAAGGCCCACGUGCGUCUUUUCUCUUGCGGUAAACUCCAUUACCGUACCUUCUACCUUGACCACCGCCAUGAUGCCCUUUACGUGGGCGCUAUGGAUCGGGUCUUCAAGCUGCCAACCAAGGAUAUUAACCGAACGAGAUGUGACGUUGACUCGUUGGCCCUAAAUCCGCAUAACGUGCAAAGCUGCGUGUCGAAAGGAAAAAGCGAACAGUAUGAAUGCCGUAACCAUAUUAAGGUUAUCCAGCCAAUGGGUCGGGAUCGCCUUUAUGUGUGCGGUACAAAUGCGCAAAACCCGAAGGAUUGGGUAGUACAUGCCAACCUGAGUCAUGUCCAUGACACCAUCCCUGGAGUGGGCAGUGGAGUUGCCAAGUGUCCAUUCGAUCCCGACGACAACUCAACGGCUGUCUGGGUCGAAAAAGGCAAUCCUGGUGACUUGCCCGGUCUAUACUCUGGUACGGUGGCCGAGUUUACAAAGGCCGAUACCGUGAUCUUCAGGACAGAUCUCUACGAUCAAACGACCCGACAGAAGAAAUACCAUUUCAAGCGAACCAUUAAAUACGAUUCGAAAUGGUUAGAUCGGCCGAACUUUGUCGGCUCGUUCGACAUCGGCGAGUACGUGUACUUCUUCUUUAGAGAGAGCGCUGUCGAGUACAUUAAUUGCGGUAAAUCUGUUUAUUCCCGAGUGGCCCGCAUCUGCAAGAGGGACACCGGCGGUAAGAACAUUCUCAACAAGAACUGGGCCACUUAUUUGAAAGCACGCCUCAACUGCUCCAUUCCGGGCGACUAUCCCUUCUACUUCAACGAGAUCCAGUCGGUCUAUAAGAUUCCUGGAGAUGAUCGCAUGUUUUACGCAGUGUUCACCACACCAAUGAACGGGUUGUGUGGCUCCGCCGUCUGCGCUUUCUCGCUUGACUCGAUCAACGAAGUAUUCAACGGAAAAUUCAAAGAGCAAGAGACGUCAUCUUCAUCGUGGCUACCGGUGUUCUCCUCGAAAGUACCCGAGCCUCGACCCGGUUCAUGCGUUAACGACACGCAAACGUUACCCGAUUCUGUGCUGAACUUUAUUCGUGGACAUUCGUUGAUGGAUUCAGCUGUUAGUCAUGCUGGAGGACGACCUGUGUACCACCGGGCAAACGUCGUCUUCACCUCGUUAGCCGUUCAUCGCGAGGAGGUUGAUGGAGUUGAAUACACGAUCUAUUAUGCGGGCUCCCGUGAUGGUCGCGUGUUUAAGCUAGUCCAGGGCAACACGGGCAGCCAGCAGCCCUAUUCGGAGCUGGUUGACGUGAUGCGAGUUACUUCUCCUGAACCCGUCCGCUCGAUGGAGUUCUCCGCAAAGCAUCGGGCGCUGUUCGUUGCCUCUGACUCUGGCGUUAUUCAACUUGAAGUAGUGAUGUGCCGUACCCGCCAUAAGACUUGUAACCAGUGCGUCCGUGACCCAUAUUGCGGCUGGGACCCCGAACAACAGGAAUGCCGACCUUACUCAACCGGAUUCAUUCAGGACGUCGCUGGUCAAAUGCCAUCUGCAUGCGCAGCUUCGCUGAAGCGUCGUGAACUCCGUGCUUUCUGGGGCGAGACACUACAUUUAGCUACCUGCGUUGACCCCCAGAGGCAUCCCCAGGGGCAACCGCCGCAAUGGAGACACAAUGGAGUUGAAGUGGUGAUGGGACCUCGCAAGUUCCUCACAUGGGAUGGAGGACUGGUAAUCAUGGGCGCAAAUCAGCGUGACGUCGGUCGCUACGAACAGUUGCUGACACCAACAGGUGGACCAGUUUGCGCCCACAACGUGACCAUAGACACACAGACAUGUACCGCUCCAAAUGAGGGCGAGUAUCGAAAAAUCUACUCGGAUUGGUGCCACGAGAUGGAGCGAUACAAGACCGCACGCAAGAGCUGGGAACAAAAACAGCAAAAAUGCGCUAAUUCACCCCCGUUGCUAAACAACCCCAACGAUCUUUCGCUUAACUCGGUUUAGAAACAUCUGUUCUAAGUGGAGGAACACCUCGUAAAAAAAAUUUAUUCAACGCACCGACAAAAAAUAUGGGGAAGUCGCACUUAGUAGCGGUCAUUAGUCCAAGAGCUCAGUUCAAUCGUUGUUGAAGUUCGGGAGAUAUAACUUAAAAAAUAACAGUCGUUUAUCGAAGAAAAUUAGAACUACGAACUUCAAGUACUACAAAUAGGCAGAGUCCAGUUUAAGAGCUUACGUUAUCUGUACAAAAAACUUGCAUUCAGUCCUGACACGCGAUAUGCCAUUGGUGGACCGCGCGGACUGUUACUUCUAAUAUGGAAUAUACGCCAUAGACCAGCAAAUACGGACAAACUCUUAAAGGCGAAACCGGCGGCUUGCUUUCUAAUCUAUAGAGAAAAUCUGUUGAGGCUGGUAAACGCAGAAGGUCUGAACCUCUCAAAAAAGCGGCAUAGCUGCGCUCUUGAUAUAUAGAGGAAAAUGAGAGAAAGCAAUGAUUUGAUCUCGAACGAGGAAGGGGAGUAAGAUGACAAUGAGGUUAGGAUUCGAUGUCAAGUGGCACGACUAUGUAGCGCUUAUUUACGUACAAUAAUUGCUAGAGCAGUAAUAGAGUAUUAAAGAUGUUCAUGAUAAAAUUAAGCGGAUAGAAAAAUUGAGCGAAGUCUAUAACAACGACAAGCGUAAGCCCACAACAUGGAACACAAUUUUUCCAUUCAUAUAGAUGAGAGAACAGUAUAAAAGAACAUAGCUCUGAAAGACUGUUAUACGCGGGGAUACGGGAGCCGGUGAGCGCCUUUACCGGGAAACACCGAAUUUGUGAAAGGGCUAAAAAGAAGCAAUAAUGUGAUGACUAUUGGUAUUUCAAAUAUAUAGGACGACUGACUAAACGCAAACGCGUUUCCAGAUCAAGGAAAGAUUGACGUAAAUUGAAGGUAAUCAAGGUAAGCUAAGACGUCCCGUUGUACACAAUCGCAAUCCGAAAUGGUCGACAGAUUCGGCCUUUGACCAUUUAUCAGUUAUAUGUGCAGGUAGCGCAGGACCGCGGGGAAAACACAUCGACGGAGAUAGGUAUGGCGGACAAUUCAUACAACAAAUAGUGAGAAAAAUCUCAUUAAACAUCUCCAUAUUUAAUGUGCGUCGGCCCGCUUCUACAGCCUCUCGUCACCUCCCUUGUGACUUAUACGCAAGUCUAGAUAGUAAACUUUACUCAAUCAGUGUAGCAAACCAUUUAUAAUUACAUAAUUAUUAUAAUUACUAUGAUACUGUAUUAAUUAGGUGUUUUUUUUCUAGUUAGUAGCUUCGAGUUAGCGGAUGACGGAUGAGUAAGUCAGUGACAACGCGAGAGGUAUAAAGAGAGAACGCUCCAUCCCCCACUUGGACGGACUAUGGGAACGAUUCAAACGCGAUAUUAUAUGCUCUCUAAUAAUGUAAAGUAUUUGCAAAUAGAAAUGAAGAAAUACCCAAAAGCAACUCGCAUCCAUGACCUCGUAUAAGGUAUGACACUAACAAAUAUACAACAACAGCACAAGAGUCGAUUGAUAAUUUACUGAUUCUAUGAUCCUUAUCUUAUCUACGGUUUGGUCGAUUAAUUAUAAGUGCAACUGAAACCACGAUUAUACGAUUUCAAACAGCUAUUACUGUUCGCCAUAGAACCACUACAACGUUAGUAGGAUAAGUAAACUGUAGGCCAGAUGUAAUUAUACAUAUGAGUAUAUAUAUAUAUGUACGCCAUGAUUAUACAUGCAAAAAGCCUUAGCAAAGCUGACAAGUGAACCCCAUUCGUUACUUGUGGACGAUCCUUGUACGAACCCAAUAGUUUUCACGGAGCAAACAAUUUUGUAACAGCUGGCGUGAUUGCCUUUGCACGGUUAACUAAGUAGAUAUAAGCGCGAAACCUUAUCUCCUGCCUGAGCAAACUUUUCCGGUAUUGUUUUUCUGUUUACGUUUAUUCGCCUUUAUUCUCAGUAUGGAACAAAUAGCUUGCUAUAGAUCAACAAUCUACACCGCUUCAUACUUUAUCACUGACAAACUUUCAGGAUAUCUCUACUGAGUGGCAGGCACUAUCCCAGACAAGUGUAUUUGAUAAAAACAAUUACUCUAAUGAUCUCUAAUAACUUUUUGUAUUUUGUUGCACUCUGUAACGUGCGCGCUUUGUAUUUAGUGUCGGCCUUUUGCUAAACCCGUAAAGAACGUGAAACACUCUGAAAAAACGUAUUCCCAUUAUAUAAGUUCGCAAGUACAAACAAACGAAUGCAUAUACAGAAAAACACACAUACAUAUUGAGACAGUUGUAUGCACCGCUUUUUUUUUUUUGUAUGCUGUGUUUCCAAAUAAACCUGAAAAAUAAAACUCCUUGAACACUUUUAUACCCCGAAACGUUGUUGAUAAUAGUUAUUAUUAUUUUUAGCGUAGCCGAAGCUGACAUUUAUUAGGGCUGAACCUGCAAGUCAAUGUACGAGUGAAAUACGUUUGUCAGAAGCCUAACAGUUUUUUUUAUUAGAAUGCUAUUAAGCUACUGAUUAGAUUCACCAUCAAGUCCAGAAGUCGAUUAGAAGUACUAGGUUUAAUUGUUGAUGGUUUGUGACAUUUUCGAUUGGGAACUUUUUGUAGGAACUCUGGUAACAAAAGAUUGAAGUAGCGACCUUUUAACGUUAUAACCAGACAAUAAGCGGGCUGUAAAGUUGUCAACGCUAUGUUUGUGUGUAGUCUUUUACAGUACAUAUCGAAUAUAUUUUAAUUAUGCAUAUUUAUUACUAUAAAAUUUUAUCCUAGGUUAAGUUAGCUAACUUGCGUGAAUACUUCCGUAUCAGCAGGUACGGAGGUAUUUGCGCAAGGAAGACAGUUGUCCUAUUUCAAAUGCAGGCAGCAUCGUAAUAGGUUGCUCAGUGAAAACUGAUACUAUAUUAUCAGCUUUACGAUACACAACAAAUGUACAUCGUAUUCUUCGCCAUUACCGUCCUUGUAGAUUUAGUACGGCGAAAUUUUCCUCCAACGAGGUAUCAAGCUUCAUGCGAUGAUAAACGUCACUAAAUAUAAAAUUGAUGUCUCCUUACCACACAAAUGCAACUUACCCUUUCCACUACUUUGGACACCUACGGAAUAGUAGUAUUACUCAUAAUACCAAACGAAAUUAUUUUUACCAUGAUUUAAACUUUUAAAAUGUCGACGGUGACACGAAGCUCUAUUAGAGUAUAUUGUCAUUAAAUCUAUGCAUAUAAUGAGUCGUAUGAAAUUUAUGGACUGAUCAGUAUUUACACCGUCUUCAGUAAUCGAAUAAGCCAAUACUCAGAACAACUUUUUGGCCGUUUACUUGUUCAAUCAUUGCAGACCUUCUCUGCGCCGUCGUUGUAAAAACUUUUUGGACUUUCAAACAAUCAGGCCUAAUUAAUAGCUAAUUCGUUGAUACUUGUUUUGAUUUUGUAUUUUCAAGAUUUUCAUUGACUUGCGCCCAGUCAUAACAAAGGGUGGCUCGCAUUCUGGUGUUUAUCUUAAAGGCGUUACAAGCUGAAUCUAAUUUAUGGGCAAGAAUGCUAAAAAAAAUUGACGGACAUCAAGGAAGCAAAGAAAAACAUGCUCCUUGAGAGCCUUUACCGUUCGUACAAUGAACUGGUAUCUAUCUUUCAACAUUACAUGCGCACGCAUGUACAGAACAACGUUUAAUUGGUACCGUAUUAAUUCUAGUCUCACAAAAACAUAUAAAGAAUAGUAAGAUCAUGACACGCUUGCGUUGUAUUCAGUUAGUGUGGUCGAUCUAAAUUUAUUAAGUAAUUCCAGUGAUUCAACCAAUAGCCAUUUAAUAGCAAGCGACCAUUUGGCUGGUUCCAUAUUUAUCAGGUAGGUAUUCAUAUCACAGUUUUACGCAGUUUGCUUCUUCGUCUUGUUUGCUGACAGUAUUGUUGUUGUUCUUAUUGCUGAUCUCAUCUUCCUCGUUGCUUCCAUCGUCACCCUCAUUUAGGACGUACACCCGCGAGAUCUUUACGAAGCCAAAAGGCAAGUACAACAAUCCUUGUACUAAUGUUUUUUUAUACUCCUCCAAAGAGCAUCAGCCAGCGCACCGGUUG